AUGGAUUCUAGUAAUGCCAGAAAUAUUGCGAAAGCGAACAAAUGCGGUGAUCAUGCUGAAGAGAAACAAGAAUCUCUAGAUUUGGACUUAGCUGAACUACUUCAAGCUUCUGCUCAACUGGUUGCAACUCGAAAAUUUGAUCGUGCUAUAAAGUUUCUAAGCUUGUGUAACCAGUCUGCUUCUGCUACAGGUACUCCAGUCCAAAGAGUUGUGUAUUAUUUUGCUGAUGCUCUUCAACACAAAAUUGAUAGGGAGAUAGGGAAAAUGCCAAUUACUAGAGAAGAAGAUAUUGAAACGUAUUCUAAUGAUGUAGAAGAGCUUGUCAUGGAUUUACAACCUGCUGUAUUUGCAAAAAGACCAUUGUUUCCUUAUCGCCAGGCCACUUCAUUCACCGGAAUACAAGCUAUAUUAGACAGUAUAAAGACUGCAAAAAGGGUUCAUUUGAUUGAUCUCUGUAUAAAAAGUGGAUCACAUUGGGCAACAUUUAUGCAAACUCUAGCUGAUCGAGACGAAUGCCCACUCAAACAUCUAAAAAUAAGUGUUGUUGGAAGGUCUAAAAAGAAGAUGGAAGAUGUAGGGAGAAGAUUGUCAGCUUUUGCUGCUGAGACAUUAAACGUAUCAUUUUCCUUCAACACAGUUGUCUCAGACCUGAGGAAUCUUAAAACGGAGUCUUUUGAAGUAGAAGCUGAUGAAGUUGUCGCAGUUUACUCAGAUGUCAUUCUUUGGACCAUGUUAGCAUGGCCUAACGACAUGGAUUCUUUGAUGGAGGUUAUUAAAGGCCUUAAUCCUUGCAUAGUGGUGCUCAUUGAGGGAAUAGCAAACACAUAUCUACCAGAUUUUAUAGAUUCAUUCAAUGAAACUCUAUCUUAUUUUAGUGCAUUAACUGAUUGUUCUGAAGUUCUCCACAAGGGUAUACCAAUAUAUGAAGGAUUUUACAUACAAAAAGUCAUCAGAAAUAUGAUAACUGUUAGAUAA